CGCAGUCUUUUAGAUUGCAUUUAUUUUUCGAUAUUCUCUCCACCUGCAAAGAGAUAAUCUUUAUUCAGAUAAAGAGGAGAACAAACAUUUACAUGUGAAAAAGUAUUAACCUUUUCUCCAGCUGCGCAUUUUACGUGAUUUAGCAGACCAUUUGACAAAGUAUUAUCAUUUCUAACUAUCUAAGGAGAAUCGAAGCUAGGCAUAAUACAUAUACCAUUUUGUAGGGAAUGUUUUAGAGAUAUUUGACAUGACUAUUCAUAAGCCCAACGAAUAAUCUUAUUAGUAGAAAUGGAGGUCAAAUGGCAAUUGAGUGCAAAAUUUUAUCGCAUUUUUGAUACUUUUUAAUCUUCAAGCUUGAUGUAUGUUGAAAUAAGAAAUUUGAAAUAUACUCAGUUAAGACAUGAACUUUUAGAUAGUUUAAAAGAAGAUAAAUUUCCAAAAAGAUGAUAUAUAGUUUACCUUUAUGCUAUCAAAAAAUAGAUACGGAGAUUUUAUUUGCGUGAAGUCGUGUUUUACUUGUAACGAGCCCGCGGUCAAAUUGACCGGUACGCAAGUGAAGGGGUUAAAGAGUUCAAAAUGGCCGUUGAAUGUGUGAUAAAAAAUGCAACGAAAACAAUUGGGGAAGGCCCCCAUUGGGAUGAAUUGACAAGUACACUUCUCUAUUUGGAUAUACAUGAAAACAGUAUCCAUAGAUUAAAUCCAGAGACAAAUGUUGCUGAUAAAAUAAAACUAGAGGACACUGUAGGAUUUGUGGUACCUGCCAGAAAAGGUGGAUUGAUUGCUGGCGUUGGUUGUUUUUUGGUACACGUGAACUGGGACACAAAGAAAGUGACGAAACUACACGAGGUGGAUAAAGAGACACGCUUUAAUGAUGGAAAAUGUAAUCCGAAAGGAAGAGUCUGGACUGGAACAUAUGGAGCAAUUGAUCCUGACGUCGAGAAUAUGCCUAAAAUUGGUAGUCUAUAUUGUCUUGACUUGGACGGCAAUUAUAAUAUUAAUCAGUUCUCCUAUCAAAAUGACGGCUAUUGGGGCUUGUCGCUUUACAUGCUUUUAAAUCUGCGAUUUCUUUUUGUAGCUAAUCAGAAAGUGAUUGUAGACAACGCUGGAAAACCAUUGCCAGACUUCGGUUUUCCUGACGGAAUGACCAUUGAUACAGAGGGUAAACUAUGGGUAGCAUGCUUCCUUGCCAGUAAAGUUGUUCGAUAUGACCCACAGACAGGUCAACAACUACAUACUGUCAAAUUUCCUGCUCUACGAAUAACGUCAUGUUGUUUCGGCGGGAAGAAUUUGGAUGAACUUUACGUCACAUGUUCCGCUCACGAGGUCUCCGAGGAAGAGUUUCAGAAAUACCCAUUAACCGGUUCUGUUUUCAAAGUUAAAGGCCUUGGUGUGAAAGGUUCUAAGGCACAGAUUUAUGAAGGAGAAAUCAAAGAGGGUUAAAAAGAGUAAAAGAUAGACUUUUCAUACAGAGUUGAAAAAAGGAAUAUACUUGUACUUUUUUGCUUUUAUUGAAUGUUUAUAAAUAAGAAUUUCUAACUGAUUAUAAGAUUUUGCUAUUGGAUUCAUUUCGGAUCUCCUAGAGCAAAACAUGAACUUUGCUAUUAUUAUCAUAUUGAAGGUUGGCGUAUUUUAUUUAGUUAGCUUAGUAUUCGCAGUACCUCUAAGUUUAGUUAUACCAGUUAUUAUCUGCAAAACAACAAGACCAAUUUUAAUUCACAUGCUUUUUCGGUUAUCCAGCUAAUAGUUACUUUGAAGUUAGAAUCAUACCUAUAAUACCCGGUAUUAUUUUCAUGUCCUCCGUAAGCCAUUAAAUGGUAACUCCAGAUUUUUUUCAGUUUUCUGCAUAAAAAGAACAAGAUAGGCUAUGACCCGUUUUUGACCCUUAUUUUGAGUGUUUUUCAGAAUGAUAAAACAGUUUAUCCAUAAAACGUGUUGUCACCCCUGCCACAAAAUGACCUUUUGUUCUAAGUUUUUAAAUCUUCAGGGGUGACAGAGAGGACAGAAAAUACUGUAGUACAAUGUAGGUCAAUUUAGAAUUUUCUCAUUUUAAUGCAAAUUUUCAUCGAUUUUACAGCACAUUUUGUUUCGGAAUACAGAUCACAAGCUUGUCUAUCUAUCAAAUUUAUAAAUCUUAUAAACUUGUAUCAGAUGCAGUUUAUUUGUAAAAUCUCAGAUAGGCAAGCUUUUGGUCUAUGUUUUCCGAGAUGAGAAAAGUAUCUCAAAUAUGAUGAAAUUUCCACAGGAUUGAGAAAUUUCGGGAAAAUGUCCAACUUCUGCACCCUCUAGUAGCUUCCAUGUAAGCUUUGAUUCCAAAUAAGGGCUGGUUUUAAAGCAAGCAUCAUUUGAUAAGUUCUUAACUUCAAACUAUCAAAAUUUACCAGCGUUCUGAAUUUUACAUCAAAUAUGGGGCCAGAUUUGGUCGUUACCUUACCUUGUCCUCUAUCUUGCUUUUGAAUCUGAUUCUAAUGUUACAAUACAAUAUUUAUAGUAAUUUGCUAUCUCUGUACAAUUUAUUAAACACAUCUUGCAUGCUAUAUCCUUAGAUACCAGAAUCCACGUAAUUCUUAGCGAUUCUCGUGUAUUUUACAUGUAGUUUGAGAAAAAGUUUUCCUUUCAUCUCGUAUAGUCUUUUCUGGGUGACAGU